AUGGUGAAGCCCAGUAGCUUGGAAAAACCAGCAGAGGAGCAAAGCAAUACAUCGUACAGAGGAGUUCGGAAGAGGAAGUGGGGAAAAUAUGUGUCGGAAAUUAGGCUUCCCAACAGCCGUCAAAGGAUUUGGUUGGGUUCCUACGACAGCGCCGAGAAGGCGGCGCGGGCUUUCGACGCCGCCAUGUUCUGCUUACGUGGCAGUGGCGCCAAAUUUAACUUCCCGACUGACCCGCCCAACAUUGCCGGCGGGAGGACCAUGACCCCCUCUCAGAUUCAGAUCGCCGCCGCACGCUUCGCCAAUUCGGAGCCUCAGACAGAGUGUUCGGGUCAUCAACACGUGGAGUCUUCAGCUUCCGACGAAGAGACCAUGUCGUUGCAGUUGGAGUCGGCGUCUCCUCCUCUCUCCGACGUGACGUUUCCGAACGACGCCGGAUUCCUAAGCGGGUCGAUGCCGGACCCGUUUCCAGAACUCGGUUCGGUCAAUUUCACACCCGAGUUCUCUGAUUUUCCGAGUUUCGACGAUUUCAGCCGCGAUUUCUUCCUGCCGGAGUUUCCGAGCUUCGAUUACGGGGAGGAAAACUUGGACGGGUUGUUAAUUCAGGACUCGUUCUUGUGGAGUUUCUAA